CUAUAUUAUGUCUUUUUCCCGCUUUUUCACACAACCCUUUCCUCUCGGUGACGUCCUACUCGGGGCCCUUCUCGAACACUUUUUGAUCGCAUUCUUCUGCUCGACUAUGGGAGAGCCGACACCGAAGUCUGUACGAUUCUCCUCGCUUCUGACGCAUUCCCCCGGGGAUGCUCAAUUUAUAUAGAUUACUUACCCGCUUGUGUGUACCAAACUCAUCUACACAGUACUCUCCCCAGGACGCUUUGCUGCUUGAAGUAUUAACACUGCAUCGAAGGCACGAAUGAGCUCGAAGCCUUCUGCUCCAUCAACACGAGGCAAUCUCGACUUGAUUGGCGACCCCCCCCCUUCUCCGUCCUCCCUCCCAGCGCUCACAACAUUUGCGGUGCCCGAGCUUACUUAUAAUGGCGGACGAAUUUGAUCACCUCCACAUUGUGGAUGGAGCCGGCGGCUGGCAUCUUUCAGUAUGAGGGCCUUCAUCACAGCUUCCUUAUUCGCGACUUUCAGGCCUGCGACCUCACAUUAUGUUUUCGCGCAUUUGAUCGUCAACGACACGCUCUUCCCUGAAUGGCAGUACAUACGGAAAUUCGACCCGGUUGUCAAGAAUGAAUCAGCAGGCGAAGGCCUGUUCGGACCGUACGUCGACCCACUAUACAACUUCACCACCCCUGACCUUCGCUGUGGCCGCGGCGCGUUCCACAAUGGCGCGGACACGGAAGUUGCUACCGUUCUUGCCGGUACACAGGUCGGAUUCCAAGUGGGGCUUCCGAGCUACGAGAGCGACCAGAAAGUGGAAGUCGUCGGGCACACCGGACCCGGCUCCGCUUGGUUGUCGAAGGCCGAGGGGACUUUGGAGGCAUACCAGGGCGAUGGGGAGUGGGUCAAGAUCGCGCAGAUAGUUGCGAGGGAUGCAGAAGAGAGGAAGAGCUUUCCGGCGAGCAGGAAGGAGUUCGAUUGGGCGCUGUAUGCACAGCAUAGUUGGAAUUUCACAAUCCCGGCAACCACACCACCAGGAGAAUAUGUGCUUCGGAUCGAGCAUCUGUAUCCUACUCCACCCUCGCCGACGUCUAUUCUUAACAAAGGCACGCAAUGGUAUGUCAGUUGUGCCCAUAUUCGUAUAUUAGGCGAUGGAGGAGCAGAAUUUGAACCCACGGUGAGAAUUCCGGGGCUUUAUGUGGAGGGUCAGCGGGAUGUGUUCUUCGAUUCGAGAACCGCGGACUUCAAUCUCAGUGCAUACACGCCUCCUCCGCCCUUGGUGUGGGCCGGAUAGAUACACAUGAGCAAUGAAGAGGGACCUUCGAGAUGUAUCAUGUUCACAGGAAACGCUAUAUUGGUAUAUCCGAAAAAAAGGCAAAUCAUGAUACGAAGAAAGCUCAUAACCAUUUCCGUCCACAGUAAAGUACACAUACGUCCUGCAAUCCGAGAACUUGGUUGAACGCAUCGGCAGCAGCCUGGGCCGCCA